AAUAGAUGAAAAAAGUCUUGGUAACACUUCUUAUAAUUGCAGUAGCUAAUGCAAUUGAAGCAGAAAUGAAAGAAAAAGAUUUGAAAACUCGAGAAAGAAGUAAUUCAGUUUAAAUAUUUCAAGGCUUGAGUUUUUAGGAGGCCAAUGAUAUUAAUACAAGGAAGUUUACAUGCUAAAUGGGAUUUGAUUUUUAUGAUUACACUAUCAUAGAGUUAUCUAAGUGGGCUGAUAUUAUAGAGCAUAGGGAUUAAUUGUAAAAGGAUAUCACAAUAAUUGACCAAAUUGUUAGAUUGGUUGGCAAAGCAAAGUAUAUUGACGAUGCCUAAUAAUAAAGUAAGUACUGCAAUAAUUUAGAAAUGUUCGUUCAAAUUACAGGAAGCCUAUAAAAUUCAUUAUUAGAUAUGACGCUUGCUUAACUAAAUCAUUAAUGGGCAAGAGGAAAUCUAGAUCAAUGUAUAGAAUAUAUGAGAUAAUUCUAAAAAACUAAAAGCUAUGAUGAACGUGUUGCUAUGGCAAAUAAAAUUGAAGAUUAUUUAUAGAACAUUAGGUAUUAAAUAAAUAGAAAUUUAAAUGAAUGCUCUUAAUAUCAAUAACCUACAGAUAUGAGACAAAAGAUAAGAGAUUUAUAAAUGAAAAAAAGAGAAUGUUAAUCAAAUGAAAAUAGAAAUGAUAGUUGGGAUAACAGUAAUUAACAAGAAUAUGAAUAUCCAUAAAACAAAGGUUCAACCCAGUAACAAGAACUCCCAAAAAUUUAAGCUAAUCGGAUUAAAUCAUAAGGCCCGUAACCAAUUUUAUAUGAUGACGACAAAAUUUGUCCAUAAGGGGAAGAAGAUGAUACACCAUAAAAUAUUAGCGAAGAACAAAGCGAUGAUUAUUUAAAAAAUAAUAUUUAAGAAGAGUCAGAAGAAUUUGGGAUUGAGUUAGAACCAAACCCAGAUAGUAAUAAAAUUAUGGGGGAGGAAGAAGAUUUAAAUUUGAGUAAUGAUUCUAAAAAAAAAGAAACACGAGAAAUCAUAGUAGAAAGGGAAUUUGGGCCAGAUUCUGAUCAUAAAAAUAAUUAUGAUGAACCUGAUGAAUGCAUUAGUAGUGAGGAAACUCAAUUAGAAUAAGAUGAAAGUGUGAAUAGUGAUUCUGAAAAACAUCAGUAAGAGACAGAUAUCACAAACCCUAAAGUAUAAUAAGAUGAAAAGCCAGAAGAAUAGAAAUAAAUAACAGAAAAAAAUGAGGAGAAAAAAGAAGAAACAGGAGUAAAGGAAAAAGAAGAUGAAAAAGAUAAAGAAAAAGAACAUUAAGAAAAGGAUGAAGAUGAAAAACAAGUUCUAGAUAAAAGUAAAAAUCUUCCUUUAGACAUUCCUCCAGAGGAUGAUGAAGAAGCUAUCGAAGGUGAAAUAGUCAAAACAGAGGGAAUAGGAGCUUCUUCAGAUGGCAGGAUAGGAUAAUAAUAGAAUAAUAAAUAAACUUAAGAAUAAAAUAAUAUCAAAAAUGAAAAUGAAAAAGAAAAAGAAAGUGAUAAGGCUAAAUCCGAAAAUAAGAGUUCAGAUAAUGAUAUAACUAAAAAUGAAUCAAAAAAUAAAGCUACUUAAAAUAAUGAUGAUGAGGGUGAAGAAGACAUUUAUGAAUAAGUAGAAGUAGAAGAACCUGAUGGUAAAGGAGGAUUCAGAAAAGUAAAAAAAAUGGUUAAAAGAAGAGUAAAAAAGACUAAAAAGGUAAUUGGAUAAAAGAGUGGAUCUUAAUAAUCAAGUACUACAAGUUCUUAAACCAGUUCAAGUUCUUAAACCAGUUCAAGUUAAUCAAAAUAAACAUCAGUAAGUAGUUCAUCAACUUAAAACUAAAAAGGCACAUCAGUGAAGGAAGGUGAUUUACUUUAAUAAGGAAAUAAAGGUUAAAGUAAUGGUUAAACUACUAAUGAUGAAGGUGAAGAUGAUAUUUAUGAAGAAGUAGAAAUAGUUGAACCGGAUGGGAAAGGAGGAUUUAAAAGAUUCAAAUAAAUAGUAAGAAAAAGAGUUUAAAAAAUAAAAAAGAAAACUCAAGGAUCUGGAUCAACAUCAUCAUAAAGUUCCUCAAGAUCAUCUAGCUCCUCAAGCUCCUCUAUUUCAUCAACCUCUACUAGUUCAUCAAGUUCUUCUGUUUCUUCAAGCAUGAAUGUUUCUGGAAGUACUUAAAAAUCUACAGACUAAGCGGCCUAAAGUAAACAAAAGGUUAGUCAAUCUGUAGCUGACAGAUUAACUUCAAAAUAUUCUGAAGCUGAGUAAAAAGAAAAAGGAUAGAUUUCAAGCAGCUCGAAAAAUUAGUAAGUUGUUUCUGGUGGAUAAAGCAGUAGUAGCACUUAAAAAGAAAGUGUAAGUAGUAAUAGUUAGGGCUAAAAAUCUGCUUAAAGUUAGACUACCAAGCAAUCAUCAUCGAGCAAUAAAUAAUCUUAGGCUUAAGAAUUAAAUAACAGUAAAUCAAAUAAGAAGGUUGUGAAAACAGAGGAUGGAGAGGAAAUAUGGGAAGAAAUUUCUGUAGAGGAAGUGACUGAAUACACGAUAGAUUCUGAUGGAAAUACCAAUAUUAUCUCUUAAACAAGCACAUAAAUUCCAAAAACAAAAUCUUACUUUUUAAACUCAAUUGGAGAUUAACAAAUCAAUCUUGAUAUUGAAUAAAAUGAUGAUAAUGACUCAUAAAUUUCAGUAUAAAAUGUGCAAAAAAAUGAAUCUUUUUCUAAUGAAGAAUCAAUAAAAAAUCAGGAUGAUUCAAACUAUGAUUAUCUUUAUGAAAAAGAUGGAGAUAAUUAAGAUGAAACUCAAUAAAUUAAUGAAUUCUAAUCAGAAAAUGAACUUGACAAUUAUGAAUAGUAGACUAGAGAAAUAACUAAAGAUCUUUUAUUAGAUAACGAAUAGGAUUAUAUAUAUUAUCAAAUAGAUGGAGAUCAAGUAAUUUAUUAUGAAUACGAUCCUUAAAUGAAUGCUUACCAUCGAGUUAAUAUGAUUGAUCCAGAAUAAUAAAAAUCUCUUAUCAUUUAAGAUUCUUAAUUUGAAGAUUUAUUGGAGAGUGUUAUAGAUGACUAAUAAGAUUAAAAAACUUUGCCAGCAGAAUAGAUAACUGGAUAAGAAAAACAAAAUAAAUUAGAUCAAUAAGACUAAGAAAAUGAAUAGAAAAAAGAGGAUCCAAAAAAAAGUGCUGGAAAUAUUUCGAAUAAUUAAGAACGAUCUAACAAUUAAGUUAAACCUAAUGAUAAUUUAGGUCAGCCUGCUAAAACUGAAAAGCAAUAAAAUGAAUAAAGUGAUGUUUAGGUUGCAGUAGACAACUCGAAAUUAAAUGUAGAUUAAAAUACGGAGCAAGAUUAGAAUAAAGGAAAAAAUGAAUAACAAAAAGGUGAUUAGAAAAAAGAUAAUAUUGGAAAUAUUGUUAAUGAUCUCAUAAAUGAAGAAAAAUUAAAAAUAGAGGGUAUAAGUGUUGAGAAAAAACAGGUGGAAGUAAAGGAUGAUAAAGAGAAAUCUUUAAAAAUUUAAACAUUGAAAGAAGAGUUCAAUCCUAAUGAACCAACUUAGUAUGAACCACCAAAACAUAAAGUUAACACAAGGCCAAAGACAGACAAGGUCAACGUACCAGUUUCAACAAAAUAUGUCAAGUCAUCUUAUGAUGGAGAAGUAGCCGAGUAAUAUGAAUUUGCAGAUAGAGAGCUUCUUUAGGAUUCUGAUGAAUAUGGAUAUGGAUUUUGGAUGAGAUACACUUCAAAUGAACCUAAAGUGCAUGCAAGGAAACCAGAAACCUAUUAUUUUUUAUCUCGAUUAACAUCAAAUCAAGAAUAUAAAGACUUAACUUACUAUGGGGACAGAACUUUAGCUGUUUUUAUAAUAGAGAAUUCUUUUGUUUUUUCAACCUAUGAUCAUUAUGAAAAGAAAAAGGUGAAAGAUUAGAUUGUGGCCCUAAAUGAAGAUUUAGAUAGCAUGUGGUAUUUUAUCUCAUUCUCUUACAGUUCAGCUAAGAAAACAGCUGUAGGAUUUGUUAUUGGAUAUGGGGAUAAUAAUAAGGUUUUGAGGGGUGAAAUUUAAUGCAGACAUGUUCCACCUUAAUAUUUUAAACUCAUGAUUGGUGGAAAACAUAUGUCUUAUGAAGGAUUAAAUGGACAAUUUGCAAAUAUCUUUUACGAUAUUGAUGCUCCAGCAUUUCUAGACACUGAAGCUAAAGUUAGAGAAAUCAUAAAAACUAUUUCCAAUGUUCCCUAAUAAGUUACAAAUUUAAUUGAUUUAGAAGUACUAACAACUCCAAAAUUAUUUAAUGCAAAUACAGCUAGCGAUUCUGUAAUCUUAGAUCCUUAGGAGUCUUAAUUGAUUAUAGAGGAGUAUAGCGUUGCAGCAUGGUUUAGAUGGAUUGAUGACUUGAAGGUCGAUAGCGAGAAUACUUUCUAAAUCUUUAAUUUAAGAUCAAACGAAAAGAAAUCUUAAGGAAAAGGAAUAUUAGGAGACAGAUCGCUUGAAUUGCAUUACAUUUAUGGAGGAGGAUCUAAAAGUUCUGUAUACUUUAAUACUUAUACUAUUGAAGGCAAUAAAGCAAAAGGAUCAACAUACUUAUCAAAAACUGUAUAAUCUCCUAACUAUAUAUGGCAUUAUGGUUAUAUGGCUUACGAUAAUGAUAAAAUGAAAGUUUAUGGUGCUUUGAUAAGACCAGGAAAAUCAGAUGAGAUUAGUUUUGAUCCAAUUCAACACAAAUUGAUAACAAAAUUAUACUUCACUUUAGGAGGAGAUGAUUAAAUAUCCCCUUUUAAUGGUAAAAUUGGAUAUGCAGGAGUAUACUUAGGGCCAGGAUCAUAUCGACAAGCACUUAAUUUUGGUUAAUAGUUUUAAUAUGGAGAUGGUGCAAUGAAUGUAUUUUAAUUAAUGAAACCAAUAUAAUAUAAAGAUGAUGCAUUAGAACCUAAUGUAGUAAGAGAUUGUGUUUAUGAUGCUGAAAAUUCAUUAGUAGACAAGAUUCUGAUUCAUGACGACUCUAAAUUAAAAAUAAAUGGUUAGAGUGAGUAUUCUUUUGGUAUGUGGACUAGAUGGUUGAGUACAAUGCCCAAAUAUUUAGUAUAACGAGGAGCAGUUCACAAUAUUGCUAGAUUUGGUACAUAAUCAUAUCUGAUCGAAUCAAUAGAUGGAAAAUUAUAACGAGCAAAUACAAGACCAUAAACGCCUAAGGAUCAAACUUUAGCUGUAACAUUAAGCAGAGAAGCAUAUGAAUUCUAUACGUAUAGUGCCAAGGAUGAAAUACAAUUUACCAAAUUAGAAGGUUGGUGGAAUUAUAUUUAUUUUGGAUAUAAAAGAUUUGGAGAUAAGGGCACAGCAAGAGGAUAUGUACAAUUUGGUGUAGAUGGAGAGAUUAAGGAGGUUACUUUUGAUAUUUUCCAUGAUUAUCUUUUGGAAUAUGUUGAAUUCGUUGUUGGUAAAUCUUCGGCUCCAUUCUUUAAUGGUUAAAUGACAAAAAUAUAAUGUUCAAUAGGGCCUGGAGCAUUUUUUUCAAGUGCAGAUAAUCUAAGGUUAUUUACUCAAAAUACAUUGCCAGAAAAAGCUUAGAUACAUCCAGUUUCAAGAUAAACGUAACUAUUAAUUGGAACACCAGUAAAUGAGCCAUCGAACCAAUUUUAAUUUGAGAAAUUCUAAGGAUCUCUAGAAUAUGCAUUAUCUGGAUGGGUGAAAUGGAGUGGUUUAUAAAAAUUAGGUAAGGUGUCUCAUAUUAUCACAAUGGCUUAAAAGAGAUUAGCUGAUUUGGAUGGAAAAAAUGAAGAAACUCUUAAAAUUCGUAGAUCUGAUUUAUCUUAUAUUUAUUCUACAUAUAAUUGUAAAGGUGAAGACUGUUCAUAAGUAAUAAAUAAAGAAUAACAAUUUGGAGAAUAUUGGGAUUAAUGGACUUAUAUCUAUUUUGGUUAUUCAACUCCAUUAAAAAGAGCUUUCGGUUAUAUAAAAUAUACCUUUACAGAUGAAAAGUUUUUGCUAGAAGAGAUUAAUCAUUUUUAUCUAGCAGUUUUCAGUAUCAUAAUAGGAAAUCAAUAAGAAAAAUUUUAAGGAUAAAUGAAAACUUGGGUAAUUAAUAUUGGAGAAGGAUCUUUUAGAGAAGGUGGAUUUGAAAGUGAUGAGAAUAUAAAAGUACAUUUUGGUUUUAUAAGUGGCACUGAUCAUAUUAAAUUGUAGCAGGCAGGAUAAGAAGCUCAUCAUGAAGAAUAAGUUCUUGAAUGUUCAGCUAAUGGUAAAGAAGUACCUUUGCAUGUUCAAUUUGAACAAAGUGAUAAACUACAUCUUUAAGGAGUCAGUGAAUAUGGUUAUGGAUUUUGGUCAAGAUUUUAACACUUUGCAAAUAAGGGUGUAUUAUAUUAGUAACCAUAAUGGAUGGGUAUGGCUAGAUUGACAAGCUAAAAAGAUUAUAAAGAUUUUGAUUAACCAGGAGAUAGAGUUCUAUUGGUUUUGAUGGGUAAAAAUGUUUAUCAUUUCUCAACUUACAAUGUGUAACCAGCUUCAAAUAAUGUAAAUGGAAAUAUACCUUAUGCAUUGGAAUCAGAGAGUGAAUGGACUUACAUUUAUUUUAGUUAUAAGAGAAUUUCUUAAACACUUGGACAUGCAGUAGCCUUUACUUCAUUUGGCGAAAUCACACCUGGAAUAUAAAUGGAUGUAUUACAUAAUUUACUCUAAAAUUAUUUGUAAUUGACAAUAGGACAUGCUGGCAAAUAUUAUCCAAACUUUAAUGGACAAAUCACUACAGUUAGGUUCAAUUUAGGACCUGGAGCAUUUAUUGAAAAUACUGCAGGCGUAAUAGCUAGAAUUAAGACUAAAGAUCCUAAGCCAGAUAUUCUAUCAAUUCCGAAAAAUUAUGAAAUAUUUGUUGGUAAAUAAGAUGCUUAAAAACUGAAAAUUGACAAUCCUAUAAUAAUUGAAUAAGAAGCUAGAGAAUACUCAGUUUAAAUAUGGUUCAGAUGGUUCAAGACACCAGUACAACCCAACUAGGUGAUUUAUAGACUGUCUUCAAAUAGGGGUGAAAAUGAUGCCUCAAAGAUCGGUGAUAAAGUGUUAAUGUUAUCUCACAUUGGAACUGCCUUAUUCAGUACAUACACUUUAUAAGAUGCAGUAAUGAAUGUUCCUUUCGAAUGUAAUAUUCCAAAAUAAUAACUUGAAAUUUGGACAUUUGCAUAUUUUGCUUAUUCAAAAAAGGAAAGAAAAAUUCAAUAUUAUUUGAAAGCAGAUGCUCAUGAAAAUAGAGGUUUGGAGCCCAUACUUCAUGCUGUAUCGUCAAAGUUCUGGUUUUAUGUAGGAAGAGACGGAAUUUUGGAAAAUUUUAAUAGUAGACUAGCACAAUUAACAAUUAAUUUUGGUGAGGGUUCAUUCCGUAAAGAAAACUUUUUAUAAUUGCCAGUGUUUAUAAUGGCUUCAAAACUAUUCUCGCAAGAGAAGAAGAAUAAUUGGGAAAAUGCAGGGAAGUUAGUUCUUGGUUAGCCUUAAACUAUAAAAUUCAUGGAUGAACCAGACAAACCAAUUGAAUCAAUGUAGGAAUACAGUAUAGGAUUCUGGUGCAGGUUGUUACAAGCAUGGCCAGAAAGAUUGUAUAAAUUACCAUAGGAAAUGUAAUUAGUUAGAUUGACUUCAAAUGAAUAGAUUGAAGUAGGAAAAAUUGCUAUGGGAGAUAGGAUAUUGGCUUCUCAUAUUGUUUAAGGUCAUUAUUAAUUUUCUACUUAUGAUUUGAAUGAUGAUGUCCCCAAUGAACUAAGAACUAUAGCUUAUUCCAAAUUAGAGGGACAAUGGAAUUAUAUCUACUUGGGUUAUUAAAGAAUGAGUUAAUUAGCUUCUUAUUUUGUAUAUGAUGGAAAAGAAAUAUAGUAAAUUAAAAAUUAAGAUUUACUUCAUAAACCUUUAGGAGACUUUGUAAUUUUACAUAUAGGAGGUGAACCAGAUAUUCCAGGUUUCUAAGGAUUAAUGAGUAAGAUAUCAGUAAAUUUUGGGGUUGGAUCUUUCUUUGGGUUGGUUGAAGAUGUAAAGAAAGCAAUUGAUAAUUCUUUUGCUCUUGAUUAGUAAUUGACUGUUGACUAUAUUCAUAAGUAGAAACAUGGACAAUAAGAAUUGAUUGGUAAAAUGGAAACUGUGACAGAUGAUGUCGGUGGUACAGAAUUAAGAGGGGAUACUUGGUCAUCUGUUGGUGAAUAUGCAAUCAGUGGAUGGUUUAAAAUUACUGAAGUUAAGGGAUUAAUUGCCAAUGAUUGUCAAAUACUAUUUAGAGUUACAAAUAAUGAUAAAGAGCAUUUGAAUGACAAAAGAAUACAGGGAGAUAGAACACUUCAUGCCUCUGUUUGCGUAGAUUCUAUAAAACUAUCCACUUACACAAUAAAUGGAUUGAAAGAUUGGAAUGAAGCUAAGUUUUUAGAAGAAAAGAUAGAACUUGGUCAUAACAAAAAUGCAUGGAUUUAUAUCUAUAUGGGUUACAAUGAAGAUAUGUAAGAGGUUCAUGCAUUAUUACAUUUAUUCGAUAAUGAUAAACCAAUUGUAUUCAAAGGAGUCUAACACUAUGUACCACAUUACACUGGAAUAUAUGUAGCCAAAGAUCCAUUCACUAAAAGAUUCUAGGGAGAUCUUUAAAAUUGGGUGGCCUAAUAUGGGUAAGGAGCUUUUGUAAGUAUUCAAAAAAGAGGUUAUGAAGAUAUCUUGCCAAAUUACAGAGCUAAAACGACUAAUCAGAAAUACAUGUGGUUUAACAAGGAGGAAGGAGUUAUGGAAACCGAAUAGGCUAUAACUUAAGUCUUCACAACUGAAGUUGAAUCUGUUGAUGAAUAUUCUAUAGGUGUAUGGACGAGAUGGUUAAUAUCAUUUCCAACAACUCUCACUGAAAGAUAAGAAAGACAUAAUAUUUUCAGGUUUUCAUCUAAUAAAGAAGACUAAGACAAAAGUGAAUUAGGAGAUAGAGUCUUGACAGCUUUUUUAACUCUUGGAAAUUAUGAAUUUAGUACUUAUGAUGUACUCAAAACAUCAAAUUCUGUUGAUGGCAAAUUACCAUAUACAGAAUUAGAAGGUGCUUGGACUUAUGUUUAUGCAGCUUAUAAAACUGGAUAAUUCUAUGGAAUGGUUUUGUUUAGAGAAUAAUAAAAAGCUUAGCACAUAGAAUUAUAAGUCUAACAUAGAGCUUUAACUGGAUAUGCUAAGUUUGUUUUGGGAGCCAAAGAGUUUGGAUUUAGAGGAUUUCAUGGAUGGUUAUUUGAUCCAAGAAUUUUCCUUGGUCAGGGAUCUUUCAUUAAUGAAAGCUAGAAGGUUGUUGACAUGGUACUCAAAUUGCAUCGCAAAUUACCAGUUCAAACUCUCGAUGCUGAAGAUUUUAAAUGGCCUGUCUAAAUGAUUGAUACUACACUUCAAGAUGAUAUCAACGAUAAAAAAGAUAAAUUUUAAUUUGCAUUUAAUGAUAAACCAGGUUUGGUAGAAUAUUCAUUUGGAUUCUGGAUGUAAAAUGCUGUCUUGACUCCUGAAUUAACUGAUGAAUAUAGAGGCCUUGUUAGAUUAUCAACUAAUAAUGAAGGAUCUGAUGAAAGAUAUAUUGGUGAUAGAACUCUUGCAUUCUUUACUAAAACUGAUGAAAUUGUUGCUAGUACUUACACUCUUAAAGAUCCUACUUUUUAGCCAGUUAGCCAUGCUUUCAAACUAAUACCAUAUUAGUGGACAUUUGUCUACUUUGGUUAUAUUCCAGGAAAGGCCAGAGCUUAUAUAUUAGGAAUUAAGGGACCAACUGAAUAAAUUUUGACUGUCAAACAUGCCAUUCCGAAUGCCUUCUAUUUAAAUUUAAUUAAAGAUUAGUCUCAUCCUUUGUUUUAUGUAAAAAAUUUAAUCUAUAUCUUAGGGUAAAUUCUAUGGAUUUAAACUUUUGUUUGGAUAGGGUAGCUAUUUGGCAAAUCCUUAAGAAAUGAUAGAAAAAUGGCCUUAUGACCCUAAAGUACUACCACCAGCUCCGAAAUAAGAGGAAAAGGUUCUAUCACUAAAUUCAGCAAAAAUAGAUAGAGCUUAAAAUAAAGAUCAUGAGUAAUUUCAUGAAUGAUUAUUUUUGAACUCACAAUUUAUACAUUAAAUAAUUUUGAAG